GGCUUAGCACUGCGUUGGUGAAUCUAUCAGUAAGAGGCAGCUCUCCGCUCCGCCAGCCCACGUAGAGCUGCAGGGUGGCAGUGGUGGUGUGCAGUGAGGAUGGAGGAGCUGAGAGUGGGUUACCCCCAUACCUGCAGCACGGAGGAGAUAUAGAUCUAGCGAGCUCAGACGAGAGAGAGAGAGAGAGAGAGAGAGAAAGGAGGGGCAACUAUUAUCUGCAAUGAAUGAAUGACCUCUAACAUGGGCAGGCUGCAGAUCUCCACCAGCAUUCCAGCCUAGGACACCACCACCACCCUCUGGCUCUCCUAGGGGCAUCAGCUGCUGGCAUUGCCAGCCUGGGAGUAGCAGCCGGCGGCCAGGGGCACAGUGCCACUGCAGACUGUUUUGCACAGGACUAUCUGCAGAAGCGGACAGCUCCUUUUAUUCUCCACCGGCAAGCCAUCCACCGGGAAAAGACGUGAUCAAAGAGCAGACAAUAGGCAUCAUGUCUCUAUUGGGACAUUACACUGGCUAAUUGGGAAAUAAUGUCCAACAGAAGAGACACGAUGAAGCCUGGGAGACUGGCUGACCUGCCCGAGGAGAUGACAAAUGCGCCGAGGCUACAGGUUCGGAGCUGACAGUUGCACAGUGACGACGAACAGCACAGUCUGUUAAGAUAUACAUGUGGGCACCGGAGACACUAAAGAUGAUCCAGGCAAGAGGAAUAGAACCCAGGUGCAUGCUGGUCAGUAAGGAUAGAAAAUGUCUAUCUUGUCAUCAUGGUGGACAUACUCUGUGAAGGUCCAGCGCCGAACCGCUCUCAGGUCUCUCGGUGAGGAGAUUUGGCAUCUAUGUUUUGGAGCUGCCAUACACAAUGCUUUUACCCGCUGAUGAGCUGGAUGUACGCAUUUCGUCAUUGGUAAGGUCCCCUCCGAGAAGUCCAAGAUGAACAUGAGUGGCCAAGUGAUGGGAGGUGGGUCGGCUGGUUUUCUAGGCCUCUGCGUAUUCAGAGGUCUCAACCUCAGCUGCAUCCAUAUUAACGACCUGGAAAAACCGCACAGACCCAACAUAACUCUGGUCAACGAAGACCACUUUGUGCUGCCCACCUUCUCCAUGGCUGCCAAGGUGCGCGUGGCCAUCACCUGCGUCCUCUUCAUCUCCUCCGCCUGCUUCAACUUGGUCACGCUGUGGACAAUCACUCACAAGUACAGGAAGAAGUCGCACAUCCGCAUCCUCAUCAUCAACCUGGUGGCGGCCGACUUGCUCAUCACGUUUGUGGUGAUGCCGCUGGACGCGGUAUGGAACGUCACCAUCCAGUGGUACGCCGGGGACGUGGCCUGCCGGAUCCUGAUGUUCCUCAAGCUGGUGGCCAUGUACUCUUCUGCCUUUGUCACCGUGGUGAUUAGUCUCGACCGCCACGCCGCCAUCCUAAACCCACUGGGGAUAGGAGAUGCAAAGAAGAAGAACAAGGUCAUGCUGUCCGUGGCCUGGACUCUGAGCCUUCUGCUGGCUACCCCACAGCUCUUUGUGUUCCAUACGGUCAGCAGAUCGCAGCCGGUGCACUUUGUCCAGUGCGCCACGGUGGGCAGUUUCCAGGAACACUGGCAGGAGACGCUGUACAACAUGUUCACCUUCUGCUUCCUCUUCCUGCUACCGCUCCUCAUCAUGCUCUUCUGCUACACCCGCAUCCUCAUAGAGAUCUCUCGCAAGAUGAAGAAGGCCUGUGGUUCUUCUAGUGAAAUCAACCUCCGACGCUCGUACAACAACAUUCCCCGAGCCCGGAUGAGGACUUUUAAGAUGUCGUUAGUGAUUGUGUUGACGUUCAUCGUGUGCUGGACACCAUACUACCUCCUUGGAAUCUGGUACUGGUUCUCCCCAGAGAUGCUGACCCGGCGCAAGGUCCCGCCGUCGCUGAGCCACAUCCUCUUCCUUUUUGGUCUUUUCAACACAUGCCUGGACCCAAUCAUCUACGGCCUCUUUACCAUACACUUCAGCCGAGAGGUCAGAAGGGUCUGCCGGUGCCACGCCCAGGGAAAGGACAACGACGCGGCUUCUUUGGGCACCGGCUCCUUCCGGACCUCCACCGCUGCGGUGUCCUUGAAGAAGUCCACUGGGGCUUCCAGAGUUUCCUGCAAACUUGACCUAGAAGUCACUGGGGUUGGUCUACAUUCAGGUAAAAGUGACCAUCACAAAAGGAAAGUUGUGGAGAGUUUCAUGUGAGGAGCAGAAGGAGUGGUUAUCCCGAGACAAUCCGACGAACGAAUCAGGUGACCAGGGUUUGGCGGUCGCUGCAGGGCACAGAUGGAAGGCUUGCCCAUCCCACUGCCAGUAGAUACUCCAAACGCACACAGGGCCGAGCAUUAAGCAUCGCACAAUGUUGUUACAGACACAAUUUGCCUUAGACCUAAUACGAGAUGAUCCAUUACAUUUCAUUUCAACCAUAUGGUUCCCAGUUUUAGUUACUCAUGGCCGUAGAUAGCGCUACCAUCCAUGGUCGAUGAUUUUUAGCCCCAUCGGCAGUAAAACAUUGAUGAAUAAGGACUGUACAUGUACAGACUGGAAAAACACGCCGCAAACAAUGUUUUCAACUUGCCAUCGGCCAUAAACCAUCAACUGUUGCAAAACCAUCGAUGGUCGAUGUCCAUCCCUAGUUGUAGUCACUUCAAACACCGGGUGAAAAGCCUCGCACUUGAGGUCCAGCAGUGAAACCCCGGUCAUUCUUUUUAAGAGAAAUCCUACUAGUGGAAUCUUCCUGGGCCUAUAUUCACUUGUAUUUUUCUGUAAAUGUUCAGUAAAAGACUUUAGUACA